AUGAUUUGGAGAGUGUUUGCCAUUUGUAUUAGUGUGUAUUUUGUUGUAUUACGAAUUGCGGAAGCUCAAGAACAAAGUACUACUGGAAACGAAACUACUUAUGAAACUGGCGGAGAUACAACUGAGGUACAACCAGUACUUCUAAGCCAGGGUACACACUUUCAUGAAGACCAUGGAUUUAUGAAUAGAACAGCAGAUUUUAUUGACGAACAAUUCAAGAAAGAAGUUGAAGAACUACGACGCUUAUUAGAUGAAUUAUCUGGAAGAAUGAAAGAACUUCCUAAUUCCGCAAAUAAAUAUAUGAACAGUGUAUUUUUGCUCAGUAUUUGUAUUGUUUCAUUUUAUGUAUUCACAUUUGUAUAAAACACGCUUGACAAGAAAAUUUCUAUGUCAUUAG